UAGGCAAUUACGGAAAUGGCUGUUUAAUUCAGAACCUCAGUACAUAUGUCUUUCAGUUAAUAAAGUAGUAAUUUAAAACAUUUGCCUUAGGAUACAUUUGUAGACAGUCCUAACCUUACUUGUCUACAGAUUUCGUAUUAGCUUAAUGAAAAAAUAGUUGUAAAACUAGAUUACUUAUUUGCUCUGUGAAGCUUCAUUUUCUUUUCUUUCUUUUGGAACAAUGGUAAAAAUUGUCAGAGAAAACAUUAAUCUUCAGAAUACAUAUUUAAAAGAAUUAAGUAGGCUGGUUUUAAGAAAUACUGGAUUGACUUCUGGAAGUCACAUUCCAUGACAGAAGUGUCUGGUGGUUACAUGCUGCUAGCUACAGAACUUGAAGUCCAAUAUUUUUAAAACUUUCUGAGUUCUACAGGUGGCAAGAUGUAUUUACAAGGGAACAUACAAAGAAACUUAAAAACUGUAAUUGUAUCAGAAAGGAAUAUUGUACUGUAAGUUGAUCUGUUCAUACUCUUAAUUUUCUAGGGACUGCUUAGCAACAGGCCAGCUGUAAUGGAAUGAUAGCAAGAGUGAAAAAAGUACAGUGGUCACCCAAAGAAGCUUUCUACCCAUGCAAAAUGUAAGGUUCUUGCAAUGAGCCUUAUGAAAGGCAGAGAGGCAGUACCUCAGGAAAAAAACAGACAGGGCUAGAUGAACAAUUCUUGACAUUGAUAAGAAUUUAUUAUUUUUCCUUUUGGUAUCUCAGCCUUAUUUACAGAUACUAGGCCCAUGAAGUACUUUAAGCAUAUCUCAGACACGUUAGCAGCCUCAGGAAAAGAAAAUGUCAAGGGAGCAUGGACAGAUCUGGAAGUGGAAAAGAAAAGACUGGCAGCUAUAGAACGUUGCCUUUUGACUCCAUUGUCAAAUAGAAGUGGUUUUGUUUCCUUUUCAUACAAAGGAGGUAUCCAUUAUUGUUGCCUAUGAAGAAUAUAGUGCAACUUGUUCAAAUUUAAAGCAUUCCUUGAAUAGUGAGUGAUUCUUUGGGGAACUUGUGAUUGUAUGUAAGUAUUUUUCAAAUGUAAUAUUCAGAUCUUUUUUGAUCUGACUGGGCUUACUUAUGAGGUAAAACGAGGUGUUACAGUGUAGAAAAUAGUAAUUAUACUGAAAUUUUAAGCUUAUGUGUGAGGAAACUGGGUUGUUAAGCUGAGAUGGUAAUGGUUUUUAUGACUUCUUGUUGCAGUUAAUGUUACUUUCCUUGUGAUUCAGACAUCUUUACUCUGUAAUAUGUCUGCAUGAUGUGGUUUUCUGGCUGAAGGUGUGAGUAAUGUAACACUGGACAUAUUGCUGCUCUUCAGUUGGAGAUUUCUGGGUGUCAGGUUUUACUUAAAUUUUAAAUAUUAUUCAUGUGAAAUGUGGAAGAAUAUUGUUAAAAUAUACAGACACAUUUUAUUUUACAUUAUCCUAAGUGCAUGUCUAAGCAUCAGUGUAAGCAUCUUGUUUAAAGAAUGGAUGUUUCAGAUUGCCACUAUGAAGAGUGAAGGUUGUUACUGUGCCUUCCCUGAGAAAUUCCAUAUACUAACUUUUAAAAAUUUUUUUAAUCACUUGAAGUCUGAAUUUCAUUGAUUUCAUCCUUGUCUUGCAGUGAGAUACUAUUCUUGUAAGCAUUUUUUCCCCUUAAGGUUUUGAUACAUGUCCUCAACUUUAAUAUUAGCUGGAAUCACAGAAUGGUUUGGGUUGGAAGGGACCCCAAAGAUCAUCUAGUUCCAACCCCCCUACCAUGGGCAGGGACACCCUCCACUAGACCAGGUUGCCCAAAGCCUCAUCCAACCUGGCCUCGAACACUUCCAGGGAUGGGGCAUCCACAGCUUCUCUGGGCAACCUGUUCCAGUGCCUCACCACCCUCAUAGGAAAGAAUUUCUUCUUUAUGCCUAAUCUAUCCUUCAGCUUAAACCCAUUACCCCUUGUCCUGUCACUACACUCCCUGAUAAACAGUCCCUCACCAUCUUUCCUGUAGGUUCCUGCAGGUACUGGAAGGCCGCAAUUAGAUCUCCCCAGAGCCUUCUCUUCUGCAGGCUGAACAACCUCAACUGUCUCAGCCUGUCCUCAUAGGAGAGGUGCUCCAGCCCUCUGAUCAGCUUCGUGGCCCUCCUCUGGACUCGCUCCAACAGCUUGAUGUCUCUCCUGUACUGGGGACCCCAGAGCUGGAUGCAGUACUCCAGGUGGGGUCUCACAAGAGCAGAGUAGAGGGCCAGGAUCACCUCUGUUGACCUACUGGUCACGCCUCUUUUGAUGCAGCCCAGGACACGGUUGGCUUUCUGGGCUGCAAGUGUGCAUUGCGAGGUCAUGUUGAACUUUUCAUCCACCAACACUCCCAAGUCCUUCUCCUCAGGGCUGCUCUUAGUCCAUUCUCCGCCCAGCCUGUAGCUGUGCUUGGGAUUGCGCCACCCACAUGCAGGACCUUGCACUUGGCCUUGUUGAACUUCAUGCGGUUCACAUGGGCCCAUCUCUCCAGCCUGUCAAGGUCCCUCUGGAUGGCAUCCCUUCCUGCACCACACAGCUUGGUGGUGUUGGCAAACUUGCGGAGGGUGCAUUGAAUCCCGCCGUCCAUGUCGCUGACAAAUACGUUAGACAGUGCCGGUCCCACGGUGCCAGCAAGUUCAAACACACUUUCUUCAGAAAAGCUGAAAGUCCUACUCCCUUGUUAAUAGAUUACUGCACUUGUUCAUGCCAUAAGCGCACCAUUUGUAAAAUGGGCAUACUGAUAUUAACUUCUUUUCAGAAACCUCUUUGAAAAAUCAUAUAAUAUUUCUUUCUCUGUAUAGAAAUAUUGUGGUCACUUUAGUAACCUUUCAUUAUCUUGUUUUCAAAUUUGUAGAUAAAUCUAUUUUUCUGGCCUCCACACAAGCUUGGUGUAAACUUGCUCUGGAGGUGUCUGAGCUAGAGUUUAACUCUUCAUUGCUCUAAGAUGUGGUGUUGAUGUGUGUUAUCCCCAAGGUUUGGAGCAUUCUUAUCCAGGGUUUUGUUUUAGACCCAUCUUUAGCCUCUCUGAAUACUAAACAAUGACUAUAUAUUUUUUUUUGGUCUUUUUGUUCUUGGGUACUUUCCAGAAAAGGAGCAAAACAUUUUCUGUAAAGCACCAGAAAUUGUUGUUUAUUUUGGAUUUUUUUCAGUAGUUUACAAAUCUGGGUGUAAUGUAGAGAUGUUACUCUAAUCUAAAGCCUGGACAUUCCUUGGAAAAAGAAAAUCACGUGAUUUGAUUAGACUUCUCACUUCUCUGCCAGUGCUCCGAGACUUGCAGCGUGCUGGGAAGAGGCAUUUCCCAGGGAGAAAGCGACUGAUUCAUACUAUCUUUCUGCCUUUGCGCACCAUGGAAGCGUUCCAGCAUCAGCUACUCACUCUUACAGGGGGUCUGAUCUUUUUCUGUGUUGUGGUGAAAUGCAUCAGAUUUAUGAAGUACGUUUUGCCACAUAUAUGGAGUGCUUUGCCUCAGAAUUUCUUUCGAUCGCUGGGAGAAUGGGCAGGUAAAGGAAACUUCCUCACCUUUGUCUUCUCAUAACUAAGUGAUGGAUUGUUACAUUUCUGAUCAGGAGAGGUUUUCCUUGCGUUUCCUAACCCUGUCCCUUCAGAACAACUGAGUUCCCACUAGGUGUGGUUUGCUUAAUUUCUUUUUGUUUUCUCCUAGUGACUUUGGUUUCAUGAGCCUGAAGGUUUUUCCUACUUGGGGAGAGUAGAAAAAUGGUCAAACUGGUAACAGCUCAUGCACCUGGUGUAUAGAUGUGAAUUCUCUCCCCAUUCCUACUUCUGAUGUUUUUUCUCUACUGCAAAUGCUUUAGUUUUAAUAGCAUUGCCUAUAUCCUCAGUUUCCUGAUAUGUGAAGCGACUAGUUUAUGUCUAGCAUAUGGUCUCCACUCUUCAAAGCAACUUUUCUUUGUUCCUGGUGACUUUGCUCCAGUCUGGUUUUUUCCAAAUUGGUGACCUAUCCUUAAUGGUAUCAUUAACGAGCCAAAUCUACUCUAGCCUAAAAACUUCAAAGGCUGCAACUUGGCAGUACUUUUUUGAAGAUAUUACACAUCCUCAUAAAAUAACAAAAUGUUUAAUAAACACCUUCUUCUUCCUACUGAUUGUUGAUGUUUUUCUUAAGCUCAUUAGAUUAUCAGUAUUAAAGAAGAGUGAUCAGGUACUACAGUGUCUGAGUUCCUGGGCUACAGAUGUCCCUGAUGGUGGCAUCUUGUUAAGAAGUGACUUGAACAGUACUCUUGUGUUUCAUUCCUUUCCCCCGCAUUAGAGACUUGAUGUAUCUGGAUUGAGUAUGUGUUUAAUAAAUACAUCUCACAGCAGAUUAAUAAAAAAUGAAAUCCACCCCUUUGCAGAAAACCUGCCUGAAUACCAGCUGCUCCUGAAGCAACACGUAGGUCUCAUUUUGAUUUAAGUGAGGCAAGGACCUGCGUUCUGUGCAUAAAGUGAGGAGCAGCACAUGGAUCUUCCUAUGUAAAAUCCUUGUUUCCACUGAAGGCUGAGACUUAUUUCCUUCAAUGGACCUUCUAUGCUCUGUCCUUUCAUAAACAUAAAGUCUCCUGGGACCAGUAAAAUUCAUAAGGCUUGGAUGACUUGCUGUAUCACAUGGCACAUGAGAUACUGGGAAUCAUGAAAAUUGAAGGUGGGAGGUAGAGGCUUGUUUGCCAUUAGACCCUUGUUUUUCAUCUGCAGGUCUGCUAGAGAGCCAAAGAUCUGCUGCUGCUUCACUGAGGGGUCUCUUCUCUGUGAAAUGAGAGGGUAGUUCAUCUUCUGUAGGCAAUGAACCUAACCAUUCAAAAUCACCUUGCUUCCUCAGUGUCUCUUGCAAUUUAGAAGUCCUUAAUCCACAUUUUUUAGAUAUUGACUCAUUUUCAAUUUUGCUCUGAAAACUUACCAGGUUUACCUUGGAAUUACUUUAGUGCUUUCCUACUUCAGUUAUUUCUUCUUUAUUUCUAAGGUGAUAAGGAUUUUCUUUCUAUAGUUCCUCUUUAGUAUUUCUUUGCAUAACAUUUAAAGCUCAGGGUGCUUUACAAAUGCUGAAGAUUGUUUACUUUCCCAGUAACACUAAAUCUAAAGGUAAAAUGAAUACAAAGGCUCUGAAAGAAAAAUGUUUUAUAGAUGGUGGCAAGUUCGCUAUGAUGUUUCCUUUGACAGAUUUCUUGUGAGAGAAAGUGUUAUAUCAGUUUCAGUCACCAGUUAGUCCUUAUGACCUACCAUUCUGCCACCAGCAUAUAAGUUAAAGACUUGUAAAGCACAACUUGUAAAAAUAUGCACAUGGAAGAAAAUUCUACCACCUCUCAGGCAAUUGACUUGUUGCUGAACAUCUCCACACUGAAAAUGAGAGUAAUAACUACCUACUGCAUCAGUGGUCACAGGAGCAGGAGAUGGGCUUGGAAAAGCAUAUUCCUUUGAGCUGGCAAAACGUGGAUUAAAUGUAGUUAUGAUAAGCAGAACUCUUGAAAAACUGCAGAGAGUCGCCUUUGAAGUUGAGCAGGCCACAGGUCAAAAGGUGAAGGUUAUACAAGCUGAUUUCACCAAAAAUUCAGUAUAUGAGAACAUCGAAAAAAAUCUGGAAGGCUUGGAUAUUGGUGUUCUGGUUAACAAUGUUGGAAUGCUUCAUAAUCCUCUUCCGUGCCGUUUCCUUAAUGGACCAGACAUAGAUGAGAACCUCAUCAACUGCAACAUGUUUUCUGUUACAAAGAUGACAAAAAUAAUUUUGAAACAAAUGGAGCCAAGACAAAAAGGUCUUAUUCUGAAUCUGUCCUCUGGUCUGGGUACUUUCCCUUGUCCAUUAUACACAAUGUACUCAGCUUCUAAGGCUUUUAUAAGUACUUUCUCCAAAGCACUACAAGCAGAGUAUAAGGCAAAGGGAAUUAUCAUACAGGUAGUGGCUCCUUACGGUGUUUCUACUCCAAUGACAAUGUUCCAAAAACCCAGUCUUAUUACAAAGACGGCAGAAGAGUUUGUUAGUGAAUCACUGGAUUAUGUCACCUUUGGAGAUGAGAUUUUUGGAUGUUUAGCCCAUGAAAUGCUGGCAUGUGUCCUGCAGUUCAUCCCCUUAUGGGUAUUCCACAGUGACAGACUUCAAGAAGCAGUCCUCCAUACAUUUACCAGUUACCUGAAGAAGAGAUGGAGGAACCCCUGACAGAGUAAUUUUUUUUUGAGAAGAUGUACAAUGGGAAACCCCAGCAAAAUGCAUUUUACUACAUCUCUGCAUGUGUGAAUGUGGAAGGAAUCAAAUCAGUUUGAGCCACAGCUUCAUCUAAAUCACCUAUGGAAUGAUAAGUGAUUUGAUCCAGUCAAUCUAUUAAACAAAUUUAUUCCUGUCCCUUUCCAAAGACCAUAAAAUUUGCUAGAGCUGUUCCAGUGACUUCUGUGGGACUUCAGUAGGUUUAAAGAAAUUUAUGUUACUAUUUUAGCAUAAGCUUGGAUGCCACAAAUAUUUAUCCUUAGUUGAUGUUCAUG